AUGGCGGCGGCGGCGGCGGCGGCUGCGACGACUAGCGAGCGCGGCGCGGCGGUGCUCGGCCCCGGCGAGCAGAGGAGGAGAGGGAGGGAAGAAGAGGGAGCAGAGGAGGUGCGUCGGUGGUGGAGCAAGGCCAGGGCGGCAUCGGCUCGGACUGCGUCAGCUUCGGCGCGGUACUGCAGGCCUCGUGCCGGCCUUGGUCGUGUCCACGCGCGGCGCGAGAAGCAGAGCAGAGGGGGGAGAAGGGGGAAGAAGCAGGGGAAGGGAAAGAGUAGAGGGAGAGCAGAGCAGAGCACGGCAAUGGCGGCGUCGUUCGUUCCAGCUUCCCCCGGCAACCUCGACGCCCUCGUGAGCUCACCGGCGCCGGCCAUUUAUAGGCGGCGUGAGGCGGUUGGCCGGGAGAAAUAUCUCCGGCGGCCAGCGGUGACGCUCGUACGGCAGCGGCGACGUGUCGACGGAAAUCCGGGAGGAGAUAAGGUUGCCAGCUGUGAAGGUCGUUGCGCGAAGGAAAUAUCUCCGGCAACGGCUUUCACGUGCUCGGAGGCGGCAGCGCGGACGCGGAGCUCCCGCGGUGGCGACGCGGAGAAGACGCAGUGGCGCGCUGCGACCUGGCCAAGCUGGGCCGCUGGCUUGCUGCCGCCUGGGCAGCAUGGGAGAGGGGAGGGCUCGGCCCAUGUACACAGAAGACGUUUUCGUUUAUAUGAAAAAAAUGAAUUUCCUUUGUAG